CCAGCAUAGUUACGUUAAUGAUGGAGUGGUCAGGAUUCACAGAAGAAGAAUUAGAACGAAUACGUGGUGGAUCUGGAAAAGAUACGUCCAAGACGAUAUUAACAAUACAGAAUCAAUCUCCGUCCAUCUCAAACGAAAGAGGAAAACCUGUUAAAAACUUAGCUGCUAAGAGAGCAGUUCGAGCUAAAAGAUCCAUCAUUUCCACUGCUUCAUCAGAAUCAAGUGGAAUAAGUCCUGAACAAAGACUUUCUAAACCAGUUGCAACAAAAAAUAACAAACAAGCACAGAAAGACAUCCAGGGGAAAGCUACUCUUGUGUCUAGAUCGGAGUCACUAGAUAAAAAUAAAAAGGAGUCAUCUAACCAAGAGAUCUCUGUGGAGAGUUGUAGUGGGUCAAAGAGUUCCAAUUUAUCUGAACGUGAGCAGGGUAAAGGAAAGAAAGAGCCCUCGAUGCAAAUUGACUUUGAAAGAAAACAUGACUCUAAGCAUGAAAAAGAGGCUUUGGAAAAAUUCCAGCAACGACAGAAACACAUGGAGGAAGAAAAUGCUAAAAGAAAACAACUUCUUGCGAGAGCUAUUGCUGAUAGAAAGAAAAGAACCCAGGCUGAAGCCAAGAAGCUGUCAAAUAUCCAGGAAGAACUAAGCCAUCUGGAUUCUGUGCUUAGUGUUGAUGUGUCUGUUCUUCGUGACCAAAUUGAAACUGCAAGUAUAGAAUUUUACGAAGCUCAGAAGCGUUACGAUAAGGCAGAGAAAGAGUUUGUUGAAGCCAAACUUGAUCUGUUUAAAAAGAUGGAGCAGAAGGAAGAGCUUACAGAGAGGUUAUGUACAAUAAUAGAACAAAAUGAAGCUCGUAAAGCCCGUAAACUCUAUGAGCUGAUGAAGCAACUGGAGAUGGAAUCCAUGAUUGAAGAAUGUGAAGUUAUCGGCAUUGAAAAUAUCCUGCCUCUGCUGUGCUCUCUCAAUGAUGCCACCUAUUCGUACUGUACAACUAUCAAACCACCAGUCUCUGUUUCUUCAGCUUGUAAACCCUGCUUGUCACAAGUGAAGAAAGAGUUACAUAAUUCCAUCUCCAAGGAGGAAACUAUUCAAGACAAGCCACAGACUUCUUGUAAAACAAACAAUAUCGUAACAACGCCACCAGUUCCCACAGAGCCUUCUGGUGUUGUGAUCAGUAAUCAAGAUUCAUCGGUAUCUUGUAAUACAAUAAACAAUAGCUCUCGAGAUGACCCAGACAAUGGUGAUGUGAAGAAUGGUGAACUUCAAGGCAUGUUUCCAUAUAAACGUUCAGAAAUCGGCGAGGUUGAGAGUACGCCAGUUCCAUCUGUUACAGAACUGCAUACUCCUCUUGAAGCCACCCAAGUUUCAUCUGUUGUGGAGGUUGUUGAUAAUGAAAACACUUCAGUUUCAUGUACAGGAAAGACUUGUGCUCACGAGAAUCGAGUUUCAUCUAGUGAAAAUCAUGAGAAACAAAAGUGUAAUGAUGAAGUCACACGAGUCUCCUCUUGUAUAACAGACACACUAGUUACUUCUCCUAGAGAAGAUGGUAACCCUAAAAAUCCAGUGGUAUGUUCUGAUGUCAAAAACAAUGAAUUAGUUGAAGAGUGAGGAAAUGAUAAAAGUACAAUAAAAGCACAUCUUUCUUCCCCUCUCUGCACUUCCACCCCUGGAUAAGAGUGACCAAACAUAUUAAGAUAGAUAUUGACCAGAUUACAAGAUGCAAUUAGUAUCAGUUCUGAUUCAAAGUGUUCACGGUUGAAACAAGCAUGUUUUUAUCACGGCAAACUAUUGGUGUAAGUAGUUUAUAUAACCAUCAGCUCAGAUAUUGGGCCAGUCUUUUUUUUUUAAUUCUUUAACCAUUUUUUUCAUAAUUAAUUUUUUUGUCUAAUUGACAAAUAUUACAUCUUGUUUCGAAGCACUUAAAGCACUACGGUGUGAUAAACUUUUCAAACACCUAUUAUAAUUGUUAAGUACGGUAUCAAGUGCCCCUGUUAACCUGUAUCCAAAUUGAAGUGCCUUUAUUGUUGAAGUGUUAAUUGUGCAAUAUUGUAUUUAGAAAUACUGUUAAAUCUACUUUUAUAUGAAGAACAGUAAAAAGUAAUCAAGAGAUCAACAAUUCUGCUAUUAAUCUUAUAAGUCAUGUGUUACUGCUCGUAAACAUAUUCACCAGGAGGUGAUCUAUUAUCCAUCCCUCUUUUGUUUUUUUUUCGUACUUAGUCUCCUAGGUUUUGUAUUUUGGUAAGAACUUUGUUGCAUGAAGUUUUUUAAGUACUGUUAUUUAAAAUUUUCAUCAAGUAUAAUAUUUCUGUUAUUGUCAAACUGUUCAUAUUUUGUACGUUGUCUUUAUAAUUUUGUGUAUUUCCUGCAUAAUAUUAUUUUGGAAUACUGUUUUUAUCCUGGAAGGAAACAUGGUAUUGAUGUAAAACUGGCGCUGAAGUUGAGAGAAUUAUUUUUUUGCUGUAGUCUAGUUUACUUAGAUUUAUUUUGAGAUUAUAAUAUUUAAAUUGAAUAGUUAAUUCAGGAAAUCAAGAACCAGACAGCUAUGUCCAAGUAAACAAUUAGCAUGAAAAAAAACCACUUAGACAUUUCCUUUCUGUUGUUGUUGUGUGGUUAGCACCGAUGGAUGCCAUGUGGACUUCGUUUCAAACGCUGUAUAAAUUGUUUUUUAAGUAUGUUCAUAAUUGUUUUUGUCUUACAGAAACGUUUCAAUGAAAUUAAAUUAAGAAGUUCUAAAGAAUCCAACGAGUCACCUUUAAGACUUUAAAAUAAUGAGUUAAAUAAUUAACCGGUGUUUGACACCCAUGUCAAAUGUAUGGACUCAAAAAUUUGUGGUCUUUCAGAUACCACAAUUUGUGCUAACAGGAAAUUAUAUUGUCACAUCUAGAGACUUUAGAUACCAGAGUAAUAUCAUUAUUACUACUUGUAGUAUAAU